AUGCUGGUCUUUAAGAGAUUUGCCUCUAGUAAUGGGGCUAGAGCCGCUCUGGAUGAGUUUUUCACCUAUCACACAACAAACGCAGCUUUAAAGCCAUGGAUUUAUCGUCCCAAGAAUGCUAAUAUUCUGCUUACGAUGGAUUUGAAAGAUCCAACUACUGGAGCACCUUUGCAACCACGUAAUCCCAUGCCUCAGGUAGCACAAAAAGCUUUAAAUGAGUACAUUGCAACUUUGCAACCGGGAUCAACAGAUCUUCUCAAUUGGUUGAAAAAUUGGACCUCGGUGACAACUAGAAAAAAAGCUGUUUGGAAGUACCUUUCUGCAUCUCAUAUUCAGACCAUUUUGGUCAGUUCGUUUUUCCUAUUGGGAUCGUACUCAAAAGUAGUCGGACUACUUUAUUCGAAGAAAAAGAAUUUCCUUGAGGCCAAGAACGGGGACGCCUUCGAUGUGGAGCAUUUGUUCAACACCAUUGUCAUGUGCAGCUUGCAUAGAAAUGCCGCCAAGGGUCUGAAUGACAAGGAUAUCGCAGCAAAAAAGCUCGAAACCGCAUGGAGGCAGGUAACCAAUACUGAGAAUCAUACCGGGUUGGCUAACGUGCUGAUCGACACAUACGUUAAACAACAAAGUUUGCCGAAUCAACCGAUGCUCAAGGGGCUCACAGAAACCGAAAUAAAAUUGCCAAAACUUCCUGAAACAGAAGACCAAGGCAAAUUGAACUCGUACCUUUACGUGAACAAGCACAAUUACUUGAUUGCAAGAACUAUUGAGGAGUUCAGCCAUACUGUGGAUCCAAAGAUUACCAAUUUCAUCGCAGAGUACCAGACAAUAAGUCAAAAACUCAAUGAGAACGACCCCUACGACACUUACAAAGCUUCAAUGACCAAGUUAUUGGUAGAGAAACAACCCCAGUCCGAGGAUCCUGAGAAGAGCGCCUAG